UUUCCCACAGUAUAAUAUAUAACCAACUUUAGGCUCAAGAGGAUUGCUAGUGGCUCUCGACACUAGUAGUUAUGAUUAGUUGCAAAAUCAAACCCAAUUAGAAAUACUUUCCUCUUUUUGAGGGAAAAAAAAAAAAAACAAAGAUAAGAACUCAUAUUAUUAGAUGACGUGGCGCAUGCAAAUAUUGACAUCUGUCCAAAUUUAAAAUAUUAUUAAAAAAAUCUAAGAAUGAAAUGAACCGGUUUCAGGCUGCAGGGCCGUCCAUGUCGGUGACGACAGCCACGAGAACUAAUUUGGCCUGCAAAUAGGAGCGUUGGUGUUGUGUUGUUUGAAUUGCAGUUUUGGGUUUUCAUGGAUUUUCCUUCUUAUUGAGACCGACUAACCAACCUUUGUUUUUGUUUGCUAAGCUUAGAAUCUGACUUGGUGUUUUAAUCGAAGAAGUUCUUGGUUUCACGAAUGCGUCAUAGUAGGGUUCCGCCGCAGACGGUGGGGAGACAGCGGGGGGAAUUCCAUAUGAAAAAAAUGUCGCUCUCUCCCACGCACCCUCAACCUCCCUACCUUUCCUGCAACUUCUCAAUCCCCAGCCGUAGAGGUGGUGCCGGACAUCCGGGAAUGGGAGUUACCGAAUUAAGAGAAAUACCUAGCCUUUGACAGAGAAUCGGAUGUCUCCUCAUAGGGGUGGGCCGCCGACGGCGAAAGGUGCGGCGGCGGCGGUCGAAUGGAAGAGGUACUGAGAGAGAUCCAAAUGGGUUUUCACUUGAGACCCCAAUUAAGGGCCACAUCACCUAUAAGGAGGAAGUUUCUCCUGAUAGUUUUUUUUUAUACUGCAAAUUAUUUAGUUAUUUAUUUAUUUAUUUUUUAUUAGAUAAAAAUUUAUAAAUGUGAACAACACGACUUGACUACUAACCCCUGAACUGAUCUGAAACACAUAAAUGUACACAUAGUUGUAAAAUGAUAAAUAAGGGUGAUUAAUUUUAUUCUAAAUCAAAAAAAAAAAAAAAAAAAAAAUCACAUACUCAGGGUGAGUAGGCAAGCAAGUCGGAGAAGCUGGACUAAUGGUCCAGUGAUAAAAAACUCAUCAUUUUACUUGUACACUAUGAAAUAUUGGUAUAGAGUAUAUACACACACAAUCAAACACACAUACACUGAUGAUACACAGUCAUGAAAACCACGAGAGAAUACUCACUUUAUAGCUUUUAUGGUGAAGCAAAUGAAAAGGUAAAGAGUAAGAAGCAAGCAUCAAGGCCAAGAAGAAAACUAAAAAAGCAAAAAGAAAAAGUACCACAUUUGUACAAUCAACAAUACGACACUACCCAUAUAACACUAUCCUUCAGGAGAUCAGGUUUUGUCUCCCUAAAUCAAAUCCUUUUGAUAGUCAGUAACAUUGUAAAUUGUUAGCUCUUCUUGUUCUUGUUUAUUACACUAAUAGCAAAUCCCAAGUGACAAAGAAGAGAGAAAGGAAUAUUAGCUUUUUCUUUGGUUGUUUUUUUUUAAAAUUGUAGUUGCUAGUUUCCUGUAAAUUCUUUACCUGUCAAUUGCCACAUCAAUAGGGUAAACUUCACAGGUAAAAGCAGCGAAACUGCCCCGGAAGGAAAAAAAUGGAUGCUUCUGAUGAUUCGAACCAUAACCAUGGGAAACAAAGUAAGGAAGUACCGCAUAAUUUGAGCAUCAAUUCAGACAACAAUGAUGACCAAAUAAGCCAGGAAUCACAAGGAAGUCAGAGCACUGAAGAAGGUACUGUGGACAAAAUUUAUAUGAUGACUCUAUACAAGGCUGUGCAUAAGGGUGACUGGGAAUCUACCAAGUACUUCCUUGAGUUGGACCCUAAUGCAUUGACGGCUCCAAUUUCAGAAUAUGGGGACACAAUUCUGCACAUUGCAGCUCUGGCCGGACAUGUAAAGCUUGUUGAAGAGUUGGUGUAUCGGACACCUGAAGAAAAAUUGAAACUUACCAACAAAAGCGGAGAAACGGCACUUUCUCUUGCUGCUGCAGGAGGAACCACCAAGGUUGCUAGGGCAUUGGUGAGGAAGAAUCCUACAUUGCUUAGCAAGCAAAAUGAUUAUCAGCUCAUUCCUGUUGUUGUGGCAGCUCAAUUUGGCCAUGUUGAUAUGGUAAAUUUUCUUUAUUAUAUGACUCAAGAAGAAGAUCUAGACCCAGAAAAUCGAAACAGCGACCAAGGCGCCAAGCUUCUCAAUGCUUGUAUUGUAGCUCAAAUCUAUGAUAUUGCUUUGGAUCUGGUCCUACGUUACCCAGAAUUGGCUAUUGCUGAAUAUAAGGACUCUUCAAGUGAAACUAAAUCAAUACUGAAUACUUUGGCUACUAGACAUUUGGCAUUCCCUAGUGGAAGCGGGCUUGUAUUUUGGCAGCAGUGGAUCUACUCAUUGUCAUAUCUUGAAGGUAUUCCCGUGCAUUCACUCCGUGUCACCAACAACCGUAGAGACAUUGAAGCACAUUAUGAAGGAUCGGCUAAUCAAGAUAACAUCAUCAAACAAGCAUUCUGUAAAUUGUAUGGACUAGUAUGGAAUGUCCUAAAACUCAUGGUGCCUUAUAUGAAGUACAUGUCUGAUACAAAGUUGAAACAUUUCCAAGUACUUGAAUUGUUAAGCCAUGUUUGCCAACAAGUAUCCGUCAUGGACCACGAACAGAUAAAAAGUAUUCCAUUACAUCAAGCAAUUUUCAGUGCUGUUAGGCAUGGGGUGGUUGAGUUUGUGGAUGAGAUGCUUACAGCUUACCCAGAUAUCGUAUGGUUUCUUGAUGGUGAUGAUCGUAACAUAUUUCUAUAUGCAAUUAAGCAACGACAACAAAUGAUUUUCAGCCUUUUACAUAAAUUGGGGCCAAGGAAGAACUUGAUAGCAGCUAGCAUGGACAAGGAUGGUAACACCAUGUUACAUCAUGCGGGGUUUCUUGCUCCUUCUUCUAGCUUUGAUCACAUUUCUGGUGCAACUUUGCAGAUGCAGAGGGAGCUACAAUGGUUUAAGGAAGUGGAACAAACUGUCCAACCAAUGUUUAGGGAAAUCCAAAAUGCAGAAGGUGAAACGGCUCGCUCUCUGUUUACUUCAGAGCACAAAAAACUCAGAAAAGAAGGGGAGAAAUGGAUGAAGGAGACGGCAACAUCUUGCACUGUCGUGGCUGCUCUUGUGGCCACUGUUAUGUUCACAGCAGCCUUCACCGCGCCUGGCGGUUACAAUCAGACAACGGGUGAUCCCCUUCACUUGCUUCAGAAAUCCUUCAUGAUUUUCAUACUAUCAGAUGCCGUAUCUUUGUUUGCUUCCUCCACUUCAGCGUUAACAUUUCUAGGCAUCCUCAAAUCGCGGUACAAUGAAGAGGAAUUCCUCGUCUCCUUGCCUAGAAAAUUGAUAAUAGGUGUUUUCAGCCUUUUCUUCUCUAUAGCAACCAUGAUGCUCUCCUUUGGCACUGCCAUUUUUAUAGUGCUUCAUAACCGAUUAUCCUGGAUUUCCAUUCCUAUCGUUUUGUUAGCCAGCAUUCCAGUUAUGAUCUUUGUAUUUCCACAAGUUCCACUCAUUUUCCAGAUUUUAGUCUCAACAUAUGGACCUGGCAUUUUUGAUAGGCCAAAGAAGCGUUGGUGUUUAAUGUAAUUGAUCUAUUUCCCAAAUGACUAUGAGUGUAUUAAAUUCAAAGAAUGAACAUAUGUAUUUAAAAUGAAUUUGAGCUAUAUAAUGUCCUUUUUUUUUUUUUCUUCUGUAUUUUGUAUGAUUUUCUAUUCUGCUUUCUUCCUUUUUAUCUGGUUAGAGUCCUUGAACUCUUAUCCACUUAGGAGCUCUCAA